UUUAGUUCAAUCCGCGCGCCUUUCCCACUACAACAGAACCAUGCUCCGAUCGCACAAACUCGCCAAAGCGGCCAACAUCCCGCCCGCCGGCAAAACCAUGGAUGCCGUCGUCCAGAAACCGAUGUUCGCCAAAAUGGUGCAGAUCGCGAUGCGGGCGCCGACCAUGCGCCGGGCGGACGCGUUCGCCUUCCGGAAGUACAUGACGGACCAUGCGCCCUUCGUGGACGUUCCCGAGGUGGGCAAGUGCAACCGGAAGUCGGCGGAGGUCCGCCAGGUCGGCAAUCGGUUCUACCUGGAGAAGAACUUUGACGAGGCGCUCAAGAAGUACAACGAGAGCAUCUGCUACGCCGAGGCGGGAUCGGAACAUUUGGGCACCGGAUAUGCCAACAGGUCGGCCAUUUACUACGAGAUGCGCGAGUACGAGUUUGCGUUGGCCAACAUUGAACUGGCCAAGAAGCACAACUACCCGGAGAAGUUGAUGCCGAAGCUGUUGGCCAGGGAGGAGAAUUGCAAGAAGAAUCUCAAGAAUGGAGAAUCGAAAGGAACGGUUCCGAAUCCGCCGAUGGGCAUUAACGUGGAGGUCAAUCCGAAGAUUCCGUUCCUGGCGAAGGGAAUCAAGAUGGAGAGUUUGCCGGAGUUUGGACGGAGUAUGGUGGCCGAGAAGGACUUCCGGGCUGGCGACGUUAUUUUGAGUGAGAAGCCGCUGGCCGCGGCCAUCGAUUCUAGUUUGAGAUACGCGGAUUGCUCGUACUGCACGAUUGUCCACUUCAACAGCUUGAUUCCGUGUCCAGGCUGUGUGUCGUUCAUGUACUGCGACGAGAAAUGUCGCCAGGCGGACUGGAAAACGCACCGUUUUGAGUGUGGAGUCGCCGAGAAGUUGAUGUUUGUUUCGUACGGCAAUUUGUUCCUUGGACCGCGAAUGUUCUUCCACGGGCUGAGUCUCUUCAACGACGAUCUGAAGGCCAUGAUGGAGUUUUGCGAAUCGAACCCACGAACCGGUGGAAAGCCACUCGAGCUGGACUACACAAAUCUCGACCCGUUGGCGCAGUUCAAGGUUUUCCACCAAACAAAGUCCCCGACCAACAGCAGCGUCGACAACGUGUUCAACUAUUUCUCCGCCGGUUACUACUCGGUGUUCAUAGAACAUCCCCCCGUCAAGGCCCUGGUGAAGACCAAGCGCGAACAGGACUUUAUGCUCCAGUGCUUCCUCGAUUACAUGCGAACGGCCAGCUUCCUCGCGUUCGACAAGUGGGAAUGCUUCGCAACUCCGCUCGGCCUGAUCUCCUCCCUCUUCAACCAUUCCUGUGACCCCAACGCCUACGCCGUCAUCCACCCAACCGAGAUCAAAAUCGCCGUCCUCAGACCAAUCCGCCGCGGUGAACAGAUCUGCAUCUCGUACGGACCGGUUUGGUGGGAGCAGGCCGAGCUGAAGAUGGCCGACACGAUGCUGCUCGGGUUCGAGUGUCGGUGCGUCGUCUGUGACCCCGUCAAGAGGAAGCCGUGGCGUGCCGCCGGCCAGAAGCUACCGCCGGACGCGCUUCCCGAGUGGGGCGUCAUCGAGCUGUUGCUGAUGAAUCCGGGCGGGUGCGUGGACGCGGCCACGAUGCUGAACGCGAUCCGGAAAUAUGUGGAAAGUUACGCGUACGUGCACCCGCGGGACGAGUUCAAUUUGGCGCUGAAGGCGCACCAGCAGAACCUGCUGCGCUGUUUCAUGGCGGAGUUGGCGGCGCAGCAGCGGGCCACGGUCGUGAAGGGGUUGCUGUGAAUACGUUGGAGAAGGAAUUUGAAGGAAUACUGCGUUGAGUUGUGUUAUUUUUGCUUCUUUUCUUGAAAUAAAUUUGAGUUUUGUUGUUUCAUUCACUUA